GCCUCUUGUUUGUUCGGUUACUAUCUAUAGGCAGAGCUAUGGAAGCAGCUGACGUUGAUAUCGGCUGCCAUUUGGCUGGACUUCACCUCUCAAGCUGCAUCUUGAACGCCAGUGGCCCCCGCACCAACACGGAGCAGCAGCUACUGGAGAUUGCGAGAAGCUCUGCUGGUGCCGUUUGCUCCAAGAGUGCCACGUUGGAGGAGCGAAGUGGAAAUGAUCAGCCGCGCUACACUGAGAUCCAGUUGGGGGACAGGACCUCCAGCAUCAACUCGGAGGGCCUGCCGAACAAGGGCUUUGCCGCCUACACCGAGGCCUCCUUGCUGCGGAGGCUGCGGGAGUCUGCGGAGCCGGCGGGGAAGCCCUACAUCUUGUCAAUCUCUGGCUUGUCCCUUCAGGAGAAUUUGCGCAUGCUGGACCUGCUGCUAGAGUCAGGCUCGGUGGAGCAUUUGAGCGCUGUGGAGGUGAAUGUGGCAUGUCCCAAUGUUCCAGGAAAGCCAUUGGUGGGAUAUGACUUCCCCCAGUUCGAGGCGGUGUUGAAAGAGAUCAGCGCCCACCCAGUCUUCACCGCCAAUCCCACGCUGGCGCUGGGCUUCAAGUUGCCACCGUACCUGGAUGCUCCGCUCUUCGAUGCGGUGGCGGGGAUGCUGAAUCCAUUGGCCAAGAGCAAAGGUGGAGUGCUGGGCUACGUCGUCUGUUGCAACACCUUGGGGAGUGCUUUGGCCGUGGAUGUGGAGACUGAAACCACGGUCCUGCACCCCAAAGGAGGCUUCGGUGGCCUUGGAGGGCCAGUGGUGCGAUAUUUGGCCAUGGGAAAUGUGUCUCACUUCCGCUCUCGCUUGGAUGAGAGCAUUCACGUGGUGGGCUGUGGAGGAGUGUGCACUGGAGAAGACGCCUUCGCACACAUCCUUUGUGGAGCCACUGCUGUGCAGGUGGCGACGCAGCACCGGGUGGAGGGCCCCACCUGCUUCUACCGCAUCGCCGAGGAGUUGAAAGACCUCAUGCGGCGGAAAGGCUACAAACGCCUGGAGGACUUCCGCGGAAAACUCAAGGUCCGAGGCAAAGACUCGAAGCUCUGAGUUUCUGAAGAAAACGGAGCAUGAAGAUUGGGUGAGAGAGAGUUCCAAAUGUCUGGAGAAGUUGCAGGGUCAGAAAUCCAACUCAUGAUUGUUAUUUU